GGUGUGUGUGUGUGUGUGUGGGGGUAGUGUGUGUGUGGUGUGUGUGUUGGCAUUGCUAUCCCAGGCUGGUGAUGGGGGGCUCGGCUGUAUCCCUUGUGACUUGCUGUUGGCUGCUGUGUGCGGGCUGGGGCUGGGGCGUAGCCGCUCAGACCCUGGACCCGCCCGGCUGCCCUGGGCGCUGCGACGUCUCCAAGUGCCCGAGCCCAAGCUGCCUGCACGGCUAUGUGCACGACUCCUGUCACUGCUGCCUGGUGUGCGCCGCCGGCCAGGGCCAGGGCUGCGGACGGCCCGGAGAUGCCACGUGCGGGGAAGGGAUGAAGUGCGUCCGCGCUCACCGCAAGCGCCUGCCCAGGGCGCAGGGAGUCUGUCGCUGCAAACUCAACUACCGAGUGUGCGGCAGCGAUGGCAAAACCUACCACAACCUGUGUUACCUGAAGCUGGUCAGCAGGAGGGCCCUGCAGCUGGGAAUGCCGUCCGUCUCUCAGCUCCACAAGGGUUCAUGUGAAACAGCAUUUCUUCUGCAUAGUAUAGGUGAAUCACAUCCAAACAGCCCAAGGUACAAAUUCAAUUUUAUAGCAGAUGUGGUGGAGAAGAUUGCUCCUGCAGUUGUGCACAUUGAGCGCUUCCUAAGGCAUCCUCUGUUCCAGCGUAGUGUCCCACUGUCCAGUGGUUCAGGCUUUCUAAUAUCAGACAGUGGGUUAAUUGUGACCAAUGCACACGUGGUUAUGUCUAAUAACAAUUUAAUGUCAAGUCGGCAACAGAUAAAGGUGCAGGUGCACAAUGGAGAUAACUAUGAAGCAACUAUAACAGACAUUGACAAGAAAUCAGACAUAGCAACAAUAAAGAUUAACUCUAAGAAAAAGCUUCCAGUGCUGUUACUGGGACGGUCAGUUGACCUCAGGCCGGGAGAAUUUGUAGUGGCCAUUGGGAGCCCAUUUGCUCUGCAAAAUACAGUAACUACUGGUAUUGUCAGCUCCGCUCAGAGGGAUGGGAAGGAACUGGGCCUGAGAGACUCAGACAUGGAUUAUAUUCAGACAGAUGCCAUCAUCAAUUAUGGAAACUCAGGAGGUCCUUUGGUGAAUCUGGAUGGGGAGGUUAUAGGAAUAAACACUCUGAAAGUUACCGCAGGAAUAUCCUUUGCUAUUCCAUCAGAUCGAAUCACACAAUUCCUCACAGAUUCUCAUGAUAAACAAAGCAAAGUUAAAGUUACAAGGAAGCGUUACAUUGGAGUGAAGAUGUUGACCAUAACUCCUGAUCUGAUGCAAGAAUUAAAACAGAGACACCCUGAUUUUCCUGACAUCAGCACUGGUAUCUAUAUACAUGAAGUCAUUCCAGACUCUCCAGCACAGAGGGGUGGAAUCGAAGAUGGGGACAUCAUUGUCAAGGUAAAUGGACGACCCCUAAGGACGACAAAUGAUCUACAGGACGCAGUGAUGAAUGAAUCUCCGUUGCUCUUUGAAGUUCGCAGGGGAAAUGAUGAUAUACUUUUUAACAUUGAACCUGAUAUAAUUAUGUGAUUGAAAAACAGCAAAUGUAAUUAACCCUUUCCAGUCUCAAAAUGCUGUGACUACUGUUGACUCUGUAAAGGAUGCACUCACUCUGCAUCAAGCUCCCGAAACAGAUGUUACAGUGAAGUAAGACAGUUGCUUAUAAUCUAUCUUCACUUAUAGAUAACUCUUACCCCUCAUUGAGUCCAGCUCAGACAUGGGUUGAUAAAUAUCACCCCACUUUAAAAUCUGUAAAACUCACAACUGAAGUAUGUGUGCCUUGCUAUCUCACACCUUCAGUGGUCAUGAACCUAUUGGAUUUGUGCCAAUUUUUGGGAUACUUGAGUUAUAUUUUGAGGGAACAAUAUUGUUACUUAUUAUAGUGAAGAGGACUUUGCUUUAGCUCUUAUCUUCAGACGAUACUGGGGGUCACUAAAUACAAAGUGGACAAUGUUCCAUAUUGAUGUUUCUUUAUGGAGAAAAACAAACGUUAACUGUUGAACAUUAAUAUAGAGAAGCUUAAUGACUGUAACAUCAAAAGAUGCUACAGUAUAUUGACCAAAUAGUUACUAAUGUAGUAGACUCACAGGCUGUAAAGGGUUAAAAUCAUCUUCCUCAGGCAAGUAACAGAUUGAGAAAGGAACAGUAUUAUGAAGUGUUUUUGUACUGUAUUAAAGUGCUAUUAGAAUUUUUGAAGUUAUUUUAGUUAUAACUAAGACAGUUUGGUUUUGUACACCAAAGACUGCCACUCAUAUUGAGCAUGUGGCGUAUUUGUAACCUUUCAAUCAUGAAAAAGCAUGUUGUAGAAAUGCUACUAUGAAAAGGCAUAUUUUCCAAUAUGACACAGCAAUAACAUGACAGAUUUGUGUUUUUUUGCAAACACAUACUUUGGGACAUUAAAUUACUCUAAAAUUA